UCACCCCCCUGUCCCCCCACCCUUUCUCUCUUUCCCUCCCUUUCAGUAUCACUGCAGGUCCAGGGCUCUUGGACUUCUCAGUGUCUGACUUUUAGAGAAAAUAGAGCUUCUCACACGUGUCACAUAGACAUAAUCAGACUUGCAGACUUGCCUCCAAAAUCUCUCGAAUAAUACGGAAUAACUCAGCUUCUUUAUGUCGCACUUUUAACUUUUGAUGCAAGACAUAACGUGCUGGAUAUAUUUUAAAUAUACUUAAAAAAGGACUUGGGAUUUCCCCUUUAUGACUGCAGAGUGCAUAAAAAAACUUUCCUCCUUGCUCAAACGGACGUUAAAUUAGCAAGAAAUACACCUUACUAGGUGAAAGGAUUAUUUUGAAAAACCUGUUUCUUUUCCUGUUUUUUUUAUUUUGGUAAUUUGUCACUGUUAUUUUUUUGGUGAAAAGAUUUUUGUGGAUCACAACUCAAUUUUCGGAGUUGUCUGCUGCAGUUGCUCACUGUAAAAACCUGUGAAAAGGGGAAAUCUUCUGUUGAGGAAUUGUUCUUCUAGCAGGAAGGCUUUCAUUACAGUUUAUUUUUGAACUGGAAGACGAGCACCUUGCCUGCGAGCCAGUGCAUGGUCCUGUAAUAGCAGCAUGGAGAUUGUAUUUUGGAUGUUUCCUUUUCUGGCGCUUCCACUGCUUCAGUCUGCCAAGAUCCUGACUGUCUGUCUGAUUGGUAAGUCGUGACUGUUAAAGAACCAUUUUCUAGUUGUAAUAGCAGUAUUUACUGUAGUUAUUUUUGAAGUGAUUCUUGAAGAAAUAAACGCCUCUUUCUCAGACUGGUCCUCAAGAACAUAUAAAAAUAGGUUAGUGAAUGGAAUUGCGUUGUAAUGUAUUAUAUUCAAAUUCAUGCAGUAUUUUGCAAACAGAUAGCCAUAUAUAUAUAGUUUAGUAACCUACUAUUUUUCUCCCUCAUAGGAGGAAGCCACUACUUGCUAUUAGAUGAAAUUUCUCAUAACUUACACCAACAUGGCCACGAGGUCCGCAUGCUCUUGCAACUUGGAAACCCUGUUGUUACAGGUCUUUCCUAUGCCGAUCGUGCAGAGAGUUACAAGAGACGCACCUGGUCCCUGGGAGAAAAGUACAUCAAAGAAUACAAUGCCUGGUUCCUGCAGCAACAAACACAGUUUUUACUUGGAAGGGACAAUUUUAAUGGCUUUCUAAACUUCAUGGGACACCUGUCCUUUCAGUGUGACAAACUGUUGGGAGACAGAGAAACAAUAUCUUUCCUUCAGCGGGAACGCUACGACAUGGCCAUCCUUGAUGCUUUUAACCCCUGCUCCUUCAUCCUGGCGCACAAACUUGGUGUCCGCUAUGUAGCUUUCUAUCCUGGAACUCUGAAUGGUCCUCUGUCCAUCGCUCUCCCCAGCCCAGUCUCCUACAUUCCAGUCUUUGGCUCCCAGCUGUCCGACCACAUGAACCUCUGGGGUCGUGCAAAGAACGUCUUUUAUUCGUUCUUGGCUCCUGUAGGUCAGGAAAUUGUGUGGUCCAUAUUCAAGGACGUUGCUGAGCGCCAUCUUGAGUCCGGUCCACCCGCUGAUGGUUUGAACGACUUACAUCAAGGAGCUGAACUCUGGGCCUUCAACACUGACUUUUCUCUGGAGUUCCCUCAGCCUCUUAUGCCCUACACUGUGCUGGUGGGAGGUCUGCUCAAUAAACCAGCAAAUCCUCUGGAGCAGGAUCUUGAGUUGUGGAUCUCCAGUUUUGGAGAGGCAGGUUUCAUUGUUGUGACUCUGGGGUCUAUGGUAGCCUCAGUCUCAGUGGACCCUUUGCUUGUAGAACUGGUGGCUGGCUUCUCCAGGAUCCCUCAGGGGGUGCUUUGGAGAUAUGAUACUCGGCAAUGGCCGCACCACAUGGACAGACCUCCCAAUGUUAGGCUAGUGGACUGGCUGCCCGUUAAUGACCUGUUGGGCCACAAAAAAGCACGUCUCUGUAUCACGCAUGGUGGACAAAACAGCCUGCUUCAGGCAGUGUACCAUGCUGUUCCUGUGCUGGGAAUCCCACUGUUUGGAGACCAGUUUGAUAACGUGGUGAGGGCUGAAACAAAGGGACUUGGCCUCACCAUCAAACCCACACACGUCACCAGGGAACUGCUCAGUGCCACCAUUCAAACACUAAUAGAGGACAUCAGGUUCAAGUCUUCGGCUUUGUCUCUCAGUAGGAUCCACAAAUCCCAUCCUGUCUCUCCGUCCCUUCGACUCGUCCAGUGGGUGGAGCACAUUCUGCACAGUGGAGGUGGGACUCACUUAAGACCAGCUUCACUGGCGCAACCAUGGUAUCAGAGAUGCAUUUUGGACCUGCUGCUUCUUCUCUGCAUGGGGCUUCUUGGACCAGUAGCUGUCUGCUGGACAUUAUGUAGAUGCAAGAACAGCAGGAAUAGACCCAAAAAAAUACAGUAGCAGCACUCAGAAUUUCUUCAGGGAGUUCUGUGUUACUAACUGUACCAAUACGAGAACAUUUCAGAAAUGUAUUCAUGCUGUUUUCAAAUAUUCCAGAUGCCCAAUAAACUACACAUCUUGUAAGUGA